UAGGAGAAAAUAGCUGACUCACAGUAGAAGAAAAUAGCUGAUUCAGAGAUUUCAGAGUAGAGAGAAAAAUAAUUGACUCUAAAAUAAAGGGAAAACAUAAUAUAAAAAAUUAUAGAAAAAAAAAUAUUGACUGUGUACAUGUGUAUUCGCAAAUGACAGUGCCACUUUGUUAAUAAAUCUGUGUAAUAUUUUAUUUAAUCAAACUCUUAUUAUUAUUACAUUAAUAUAUGUAUUAUUAAUGUAAUAUUUUAAAUAAUGUAAUACACUGUAAAAUUAGUAAAUUUAUGGUGUAUUUGUACCUAUCUAUAAAUAAUAUCAGUUAAAUUUAUUAUAAUGUAAAAACACAGAAACACUAAACGUAUUUACAAGUUGCUUCUAGAUUAAGAUACUCUACGGAAAUGUCACCUGUGUAUAAAACAUUAGCAGUAUCUACUCUGAAACCUUUUGUUUACAUGGUCAAGUUAAAUAGGCCAGAGAAACUGAAUGCAAUAAAUCCAACUAUGUGGCGAGAGUUUAAGGAAUGUUUCGAGGGAUUAGCAUUCAAUCCCGAUUGCAGAGUAAUAAUUUUAUCAGCUGCUGGAAAGUCAUUCUGUUCGGGAAUUGAUCUGCAGGGAAUGUUUGAAAUGGGUCAGACCUUAGCACAGCAUAACGAUAUUGCACGUAAAUGUAGAGCUCUGGAGUCUAAAAUUAAAGAUUAUCAAGACUCAUUUACAGCCAUAGAGAAGUGCCCGAAACCUGUAAUAGCUGCUGUACAUGGCGCAUGUAUUGGCGCAGGUGUGGACAUGAUAUCCGCAACUGAUAUACGCUAUGCUUCCUCUGAUGCAUAUUUCCAAAUAAAGGAAGUUGACAUUGGUCUAGCAGCAGAUAUCGGUACACUUCAAAGAUUUCCAAAGAUUGUGGGAUCCGACAGUUUAGUAAGAGAACUUGUGUACACAGCACGAAAGUAUCCGGCGGCUGAAGCAUUGGAAAGCGGAUUUAUAAGUUGCAUAUUGGAUAAUGAGGAAAGCUUAUUGAAUAAGGCGAUAGAAGUUGCUGAAAAUAUCGCAAAAAAGAGUCCAGUUGCUGUGCAAGGUUCAAAAAUAAGCAUGGUAUAUUCCAGAGAUCACUCUGUUCAAGAAGGAUUAGAUCAUAUCGCGAUGCAUAACAAGGCAAUGCUUCAGAGCGAAGAUUUCUUAGAUGCAGCUAUGGCACAAGCUACUAAAGGUGAUCCUCCGAUAUUUUCAAAAUUAUAAUAUUUCAUUAUUGAUUGAUAUAUUACCUAUUUACACAUUUAAUCAUAUAUUAUUUAUAAGAAAAAAUGAUUACAAAUCUUUUUUUAUAUCUUGAUAUUAAAUUUUAAUACAUUUUUCGCGAGAAUGUAAAAUAAUAAUAUAGCAUAUAAAAUGUAUUUUUCUAAUUAGAUUUUAAAGUACUUUUUAAUACAUUAUAUAUAUAUAUAACAUUUAUAUGCUGUUUAUAUGUGAAAACCGGCACAAAUAUAUUUUAGAAAUAAACUUAUGUAUAUGUAACAUGAAAUAUAAAUAAAAUGUGUUUAUACA